AGAGCCCAGCUGACCAGGUAGUCAGCGUCCAUCCCUAAAAUAGGCCAGUUCAAACUGACUUUAAGAAAAGUCGGUCAGCUUUAUUAAAAACCUCUUUUUCUUCACAGGUGGUUACACGCAGCCUUUGUGCCAUACUGAGAUGUAGGAUUGGACCCUGAGUUUGUUUUCGGUCUGAUCUAACAGAGGAUUUGGAGCCGGAACAUUUUGAAGAUGACUUUCGCCAUGCUGCGGCCUGUGGCGACACACUUGAUCUACUCAGACUUCACCAUCACGUCUGAGGAUGAUGAAAACCGCAGCGAGAGCGACGGCAGCUCGGAGCAGAGUUACUGCGGCUCCACAGUGAAACGAAGGAGGAUUUCGCGCAAACUGGAGGGAGAGCCCCCGGUGGUGGUGAAACAGAGGAGCGCGGCUAACGCCAGGGAGAGAGGCAGGACCCAGAGUGUCAAUACCGCGUUCACAGCUCUUCGGACUCUCAUACCCACUGAGCCGGUGGACAGAAAGCUCUCCAAGAUUGAAACGCUCCGACUGGCAUCCAGCUACAUUUCCCAUCUGGCCAACGUGCUCCUGCUCGGAGACGGCGGCGCUGAUGGACAGCCCUGCCUCGGCGCGGUUCAUGCGCAAGGAGAGAGCGGGGCGCAGCAGCCGCGGACCAUCUGCACCUUCUGUUUGAGCAACCAGAGGAAAGGGAUUAAGGAUGGAAAAGACUGUUUAAAAAUGCGAGGGCUGGGUCCGCUGCGAAUGAGACGCUGACUGAAGACCAGUGAAUGAUUAGCAACCUGAAAAUCCUCAAAGACUUUCUCAGGGAAGAGUCAAAGCUGGUGUUACAUAUCACACACACACACACACACACACACACACACACACACACACACACACACACACACACACAUGCUGGAUCAAAUGAUGGAACCAAAGAAGGGGCUAUUUAUACUUGACUGGGAAAUUUAAGCAUAAGCCUUUCAGAGAUGCAGUGCAUUUGUUUGAAAACUUAUGAGUUCUUGUUCUUUUUCUUCUUUUUUUUACCCCUCAAAAAGUUUAAAUAAAAUAUAUUUUAUCAAAAUAAAA